GGGCACUUCCUACACUAGUUCUUCCAUUGCAAACUCGAGCUUCCGGCUAAGAUAACUUUGUGGACUUAUCACCACGUCCUCACCUUCUUCUUAUGAAAUGACCCUCGUGGCGAAUGAAUAUGGAAAUUUAGAGAGGACUGCUUCAGCUGAAGUAGUUGGGGUACACACAGCUACAUAUUUAAAUAGAGAAUGUGGCAUUGCCCCUAUAAAUAUUUGGGUAGGUUUUCCAAUAUUCUAUUGAGGUUUAGGCAAAAAAAUGGAGAGAGGAAAAGAAGAUUACAUAGCUCACUGUCUAAUCUUGCCGUAUCCAAGCCAAGGUCAUGUAAAUCCUAUGCUCCAAUUCGCCAAACGAUUAAGCCAUAAAGGCGUCAAAAUCACUUUAGUCGUAACAAAAUUCUUGCACAAAACUAUGCAAGAAUUUUCAAGCUUCCCGAUUUCCCUGGAAACGAUCUCUGAUGGAUUUGACGAAGGAGGGAGGGCUCAGGCUGAGAGUUUAGCAGCAUACCGGAAUCAGUUUCGACUUGUUGGAACAGAAACUUUAUCCGAACUUGUGGAGAAGCACAAAACAGAUUAUGCUGUAGAUUGUAUAAUUUAUGAUCCAUUUCUGUCAUGGGUUCUUGAUGUCACCAAGAAAUUUGGAUUAGUUUCUGCUGCACUAUUCACUCAAUCUUGUUCUGUGGACAAUAUUUAUUAUCAUGUAUACAAGAAGGAGUUGAAACUUCCUCUUCUAGAGACUCAAAAAAUUAUGAUUCCUGGAUUACCACCACUGGAAUCUUCAGAUAUGCCUUCUUUUAUUUCUGUUCAUGGGUCACAUCCUGAAUCUUUUGAAAUGUUAUUGGAUCAGUUUCAGAAUUUGGAGAAAGCAAACUGGAUUCUUGUGAACACUUUUCACAAGUUGGAAGAAGAGGUGAUUAAUUCGAUGACAAGGUUUUUUCCAGUGAAGGCAAUCGGCCCGACGAUACCUUCCAUGUAUAUAGACCAGAGGCUGAAGGAUGACAAAGAAUAUGGUUUUAGCAUCUUCAAGCCUAUCAGUGAUGUGUGCAUAAAAUGGCUAACUGAACGAGCAAGCAGAUCGGUUGUUUAUGUAUCCUUCGGAAGUUUGGCUCAGUUAGAAGCCGAGCAAAUGGAAGAAUUGGCGCAAGGCUUAAAAACGUGCAAUGAGUACUUCUUGUGGGUAGUUAGGUCAUCCGAAGAAUCUAAGCUUCCCGAAAACCUUUCAGAGGAGACGUCAAAGAAAGGACUAAUUGUGUCGUGGUGCCCACAAUUAGAAGUAUUGGCACACAAGGCCACAGGAUGCUUCAUCACACAUUGUGGUUGGAAUUCGACUUUGGAGGCGUUGAGUUUGGGAGUUCCAUUGGUGGCAAUGCCUCAGUGGACUGACCAAAGCACGAACUCGAAAUUUAUUAAGGAUGUUUGGAAAAUUGGAAUCGAGGCUAAGAUAGACGAGAGAGGAAUAGUCGAACGAGCAGAAAUCGUUCGUUGCAUAAAUCACGUCAUGGAGGGAGAGGAAGGGGAAGAGAUCAGAACAAAUGCCAAAAAAUGGAAAGAAAUUGCAAGAGAGGCAAUCGAUGAGGGAGGGAGUUCUGACAAAAACAUCGAAGAAUUUAUAUCUUCACUUAUGAGCAAUACUUCCACACAGUAAUGUGAUUGAUUCACUCUUUAGUUCUAUGCAAGAAAUGUCUUACUUUACUACGUAGAUCGUCUUUUCUUUAAAUAAUAAGUGUCUUAUCUACUCAUUGUUAUUUAUUCUCAUUUCUAGUCUUAUAAAUCCAGUAUAACCACAUGUCCAUCAUUUUCUAUA